UAUUUUUGGUAUCCACGCAGUUAAUAAGGAAAAGGCUGUUAUGAUGCAUCGUCUGUCCAUUGCCUUUUGGGUUUUCACAGUAUUUACGCUUAUCUAUAGUGCAACUCUUUUCAUCCUUAAUAUCCUUUUUAAACCUUCACUAGUUGAAGUAUGUGAAAAGUCUAAACCUGAAUCUGUUGAUGUAUAUGACUGUGAUCGUCAUAUUGAUGUUUAUUUGGCAAGGGAAGGUUUGUCACUUUUCAUUAGCGAGGUAGUUUUGUUAUAUUUUACGUAUGUGAUCUUUAAAUACGCAAAUCGAAUGUUAAAACAAGCCCAAAAUUCGACACCGAUUUUGCCCUUUGCCGAUGGACAACAAACUCCUACAUAUUCAGCUUAUACACAUCCACCAACAUCAACUAAUUGGUCACCUCCUCCAACUUAUUCAGUUAGAUCAUCAAAUCCAAUUCCUUUUGAUUAUAAUCCCGAUUCAAAACAAAUCCCUAAUUAA